GUGGCGCCGGCCCAGCCCCAACCUUCGGAUCCAGCCGGUACUCCUGAAGUCACCAUGAUGUGGCCUCCACCAGCCACCUUCUCUCUGGUCCUGCUGCUGCUGCUAGACCAAGCCCCUCCCAGCAGGCUACAGUCCUCAGGCACCAAGAAGCUCAGGCUGGUGGGUCCAGCGAACAGGCCAGAGGAGGGCCGCCUGGAGGUGCUGCACCAGGGCCAGUGGGGCACCGUGUGUGAUGAUGACUUCGCUCUCCAGGAGGCUACUGUGGCCUGCCGACAACUGGGCUUUGAGUCAGCCUUGACCUGGGCACACAGUGCCAAGUAUGGCCAGGGGGAGGGCCCCAUCUGGCUGGACAAUGUGCGUUGUUUGGGCACCGAGAGCACUCUGGACCAGUGUGGAUCUAAUGGCUGGGGUGUCAGUGACUGCAGACACUCAGAAGAUGUUGGGGUGGUAUGCCACCCACAGCGCCAGCGUGGCUACCACUCUGAGAAGGUCUCCAAUGCCCUCGGGCCCCAGGGCCGGCGGCUGGAAGAGGUACGGCUCAAACCCAUCCUCGCCAGUGCCAAAAGGCACAGCCCAGUGACCGAGGGGGCUGUGGAAGUCCGGUACGAGGGCCACUGGAGGCAGGUGUGUGACCAGGGCUGGACCAUGAACAACAGCAGGGUUGUGUGCGGGAUGCUGGGCUUUCCCAGCCAGGUACCCGUCAACAACCACUACUACAGAAAAGUCUGGAAUCUGAAGAUGAAGGACCCCAAGUCUAGGCUGAACAGCCUGACAAAAAAGAAUUCCUUCUGGAUUCAUCGUGUUGACUGCCUGGGGACAGAGCCCCACUUGGCCAAGUGCCAGGUACAGGUGGCUCCAGGAAGGGGCCAGUUUCGGCCAGCCUGUCCAGGUGGCAUGCACGCUGUGGUCAGCUGUGUGGCAGGGCCCCACUUCCACUCCCAGCAGCCGAAGCCCAGGCGCAAGGAGUCCCGUGCAGAGCAGGAGCUGAAGGUGCGCCUGCGCUCUGGGGCUCAGGUGGGUGAGGGCCGUGUGGAAGUGCUCAUGAACCGCCAGUGGGGCACAGUCUGUGACCACAGGUGGAACCUCAUCUCAGCCAGCGUCGUGUGUCGUCAGCUUGGCUUUGGCUCUGCCCGGGAGGCCCUUUUUGGGGCCCAGCUGGGCCAAGGGUUAGGACCCAUCCACCUGAGUGAGGUACGCUGCAGGGGGUACGAGCGGACCCUCAGUGACUGCCUUGCCCUGGAAGGGUCACAGAAUGGUUGUCAGCAUGCAAAUGACGCUGCUGUCAGGUGCAACAUCCCUGACAUGGGCUUCCAAAAUCAGGUGCGCUUGGCUGGUGGGCGCAACCCGGAGGAGGGAGUGGUGGAGGUGCAGGUGGAGGUGAAUGGGGUCCCACGCUGGGGGACUGUAUGCAGUGACCACUGGGGGCUCAUGGAAGCCAUGGUGACCUGCCGACAACUUGGUCUGGGAUAUGCCAACUUCGCGAUCCAGGACACCUGGUACUGGCAGGGGACACCAGAGGCUAAAGAGGUGGUGAUGAGCGGAGUUCGCUGCUCGGGCACAGAGCUAGCCCUUCAGCAGUGUCAGAGACACGGGCCUGUGCACUGCUCCCACGGCCCAGGGCGCUUCUCAGCUGGAGUCGCCUGCAUGAACACUGCUCCAGACCUUGUGAUGAAUGCCCAGCUGGUACAGGAGACGGCCUACUUGGAGGACCGUCCACUCAGCAUGCUGUAUUGUGCCCACGAGGAAAACUGCCUCUCCAAGUCUGCUGACCACAUGGACUGGCCCUACGGACACCGGCGCUUGCUGCGCUUCUCCUCACAGAUCUACAACCUUGGCCGGGCCGACUUCCGUCCCAAGGCUGGACGCCACAGCUGGAUUUGGCACCAGUGCCACAGGCACUACCACAGCAUCGAAGUCUUCACCCAUUAUGACCUGCUCACACUCAAUGGCUCCAAAGUGGCCGAGGGACACAAGGCCAGCUUCUGUCUAGAAGACACUAACUGCCCCACAGGAGUGCAGCGGCGUUAUGCAUGUGCCAACUUUGGGGAACAGGGGGUGGCUGUAGGUUGCUGGGACACGUACCGCCAUGACAUCGAUUGCCAGUGGGUGGAUAUCACAGAUGUUCGGCCAGGGGACUAUAUCUUCCAGGUGGUCGUGAACCCCACAAAUGAUGUGGCAGAGUCAGACUUCUCCAACAACAUGCUGCGCUGCCGCUGCAAGUAUGAUGGGCAGCGAGUCUGGCUGCACAGCUGCCAUACAGGAGAUUCCUACCGACCCAAUGCAGAGCUCUCCCUAGAGCAGGAACAGCGCCUCAGGAACAACCUGAUCUGAAGCCAUUGCUGCACACUCCCAGCUCUGCUUACACACCAGAUACCUCAGCCUUUUGGAGCCAUGCCCUUCACAGAGCCCUGACUCACAGGACAAGGGGCCAGUGACAAGGAGCACCAAGAACCUGCUCAGGAAGCCUUUUGAUGGCCAAUCACCACCUGGAUGGCAGCACUCUCAGGAUGGCUCUGGACCUCUUCCAAGUACCUAUGGCCUGUACAGCAUGGCUCUGGCCAGCUACGCCUUCUCUUCCUUAAGGAGACUCAAUCUAUCUUAAAAUCUGAUGCAUAGUUCCCAGUUUCAGGAGCUCUAAGUUCCUUGGGAUGAACUGUGGCCAAGGCCCCCUCUAAGUGGUGCUUUGCAAACAUUUUGGAGGAACAGAGGACCAAGGACCAAAGAACACAAGAAGUGGAGUCAGUUUUCCAUUACAAGCUCUAUGCAAAAUAAUCAUGUCAAAGUCACAGCUGGCAGAGAAGUUGGUGACUGCAGUCGCUCACCUUAUCCCUACUCAGAACUCAGGCCUCACCCUCUGAAGCCUCUCCUUCAUUCUGUCACUCACAGAAGUGUUUCUAGUCCCUCUGAACCCGCAGGCCUCCCUCCAUUUCCAGAUGGAUCAGCAUCCCUGAUUACUGGGAUUGGAGGCGAGAGCAAGUUUCACAGAAGUAGCAAGACAGAGCCUUUCCUGCAGAGCAGCAAGAGAUCAAGAGGACAGCUGAGGUCACAUAAACUCAGUCUGUCAGGGUCUCUGCCAGAAGAAACAACAGUAUGCCCCACAUCUGGCAGGCAGUCCAGUCUCUUGUAGAAUCACCCACAUCGCAGGGUUAGUCUAAGCUUCAGAUUUCACCAAGGCCACUUCACCUUAAACAAACUCCUGCAAUUGGGAGAAAGCUGGUCCAUCAAGCCACUCUGCAGGAACAAGAAGACAGGUCUGGGAGAGUUAGGGAAAGAAGACUGGGGAAACCAGAAGUGAGAAAGAACACUUCGUCAAGGAUCGAGCCUGGGAAAGGCCACCAUCCGUGUGUGAGGUGGCUGUGCUCCGUUCCUGCUCAGGUGAUGUAAGACCCCGGGGUCUUCUUGGGCAUGUCUGGACAUUUUCUCCAAUGACAUGCGCACUGAUGAUCCUUCUAGGUCUUUAUAAUACCAAUAAAGUUUGCUCACUAGGGACUGCUACAAAGACCAGACCAGCAGUGCUUCUGUAGCUUCAGUACACAGCACUCACUCCACCCUCGUCCCUCCAGAGCUGCACAUCAGAGGAUUCACACAACAGACGUCUUGGGACAGCCCACCCCAGUCUGUUUCUCCAGUCAGAUACCAAGCUGCUUUACAAUGACCCUCCCGAGGCUCAACACUCAAACUAGGGUCAGAAAGGUUGAGAGGUGAUGGGGAGGAGUAAGAAAGUACAAUCCAAAGACCGCAAACUUUUAUAAUAGAGGCUACAAAACAAAUGAAUGGUAGCAGACAGAGCUGAUUUACAGUACUCGCUUCCCCACAAUACACAAGCUACCCUGCUAGUGAAAAGGGACAUGUUUUGGGGGUAUCUUCUUUGAGUACAAAGUGCCUUUUUUCGUUUCCCCCAUUCCCUCAUCUCCUUCAUCUGGCAGAGGAAGCCUAUUUUGGUAUAGCAGUUUAGGUGAACAAGGGAAGGACUGAUUUCCUGUUGGACCCAGCAAACAGUGACCACAUUAUACUCAUCCAUGAAGCUAACGGUCUGCAGAAGAAUGUGCAGUUAGCUAGGGGGUUGGGGGGAGUGGUGACUGAUGACUAGAUUUGGACAGGGAGCUUCCCCUCAGCUUCUUGUUAGAUCUAGUUUCCAAGAGACCAUGAAAGCAGGCCAGGCGGACAGUAACCAGCAGCACGGUCUCAGCCUCCCUGCCCACAUCACACGGUUGGUAGGUGCAGCCAGUUCUAAUUCCUGGAAAAGGCUACACAAGGGCUGUGCUGUUAAACUUCUGAGUUGAAAGAGGACGACAUGAGAAGACUGGUGGCUGGCAUGACUUAUAACUAGAUGAGGAAUGCUAACAGAACACCAACCACCAAGCUCCAGACAGAACCGAAAGCUCAGAAGACGUUCCCCUCGGCAGUGAAUGGCCUCAGAGAAACUGUCCCUGAGGUGCUAGGAAGCUCCCUCCUCAGAAAGUAACCUCCCAGUGCUACAAGGGUCUUCAUGCUAUGAAGAGAAAACUAGACUCUGUAGGAACUGUAACUUUCUACUACAGAUUGUACAUAACCCUGAGAUUUACAUGUUCACCAUAUACAAAACAUGUAUGUAUAGCAGAGAACAUGAGAUGUCAUCCCCAACAGCUAAUAUUUCUUUUAUAGCAGCCACGUCGUUUAAGCAGCUCUUAUUUUAGAGAGAUCUGGUCCAUGAGAGCAGCCACACACUGUUCAUUCCUCUGACAAAAGUUCAGCUUCGACAUAACAAAGAAUUUGAUCCUACGUGGACGAGCUCAAGGCAGUCUGUAUUGGGCCAGGACUUCUUACCACUGGCCAAUACACAGCAACCCCAACUACUGGAAUAAUGUAAGCAAAAAGCACAUUUUCAAUUAGAAGUAAAAUAGCAAUGCACCAUAACUUUCAAAUGCCGAGUUAAAAAAUUUAUUCUCUGAGACGGAUUAUAAGAAUAACCCUGAGAGUUAAGCUGAUCAUCAGAUGGAAGAUUUGUUGCUAGAACACUUAAUGAGAAAAAAAAAAAAUGUUUUGGAAAUGAUGAGACUUAUUUAAAAACUGAGUAAUAAAUAUGGGGCUGUACAUUAUCAUCAAUAAUGCCUUUAAAGGGCACUAAACAGUUAACAAGAAGUUUCACAGACAAGUGACAAGAGAAGUCAUUUUGUUUGUUUGAUUCUCAAGAUGAUUACUUCUAGCCUUCAAACAUCCAAACACAGCCUGGGAGUACAGCUCAGAGGUAGUGUGCUGUCCUAGCCAGCAUAUGUGUGGCUAUAGGUCUUCUCUCUAACACGGGGUAGGCUGCCAAAACAUGGCAAGUACGUGCCUUAGAAGUACACCUCUCAGUAUAAAGUAAUGCUGGGGCUGGAGUGAUGGCUCAGCAGUUAAG